AUGCCUCUUUCAAUUUUGUUAUUGGUUUAUUAUUCUUACACCAAGAAAUAUAAUACAGUAAUUCUGCCAAGUGGGCUUUUAAUGGCUUUCGGUUUCAAUGGAGAAUAUUAUAAAGGAGAUGAAACGUAUAUUUUCUUUAAUAACCUCUCCUUCAAUAUAAUUAAUUUUUGUAGAAUAGCCAAACUUUCCAAAAAAGUAUUUACUGAUAGUAUGGAACAAUUCACUCAAGUGCAACUUACUGAAGAGGAAUAUGUUCUCCUCCGUGCUAUAAUUUUUUGUCACUCAUUUACCGAUGGACUGAGCAAACAAGGAAAAGAAUUAUUGAUGAAUGAGUCUGAGAAAUAUUCGAAAAUAUUAAUGAAAAUAUUACAGAAUCGUCAUGGAGAUCUUGCAGGUGCUAGAAGAUUUACAGAAUGUGUUCAGUUAAUUCAAACUUGUUUCUUCUUUGGACAUCAACACAGUCUUUUCUUCAAUUAUUUGGCUAAUGUAUACGAACGUGAUACUUUCCGAAAUGUGAUGCCAGAAGCUUUUGUUAAUCUUUGCCUUAGAAACAAAAUGAACUGUCUUUAA